CUCUCGACCGAGUCCCACCGUUCGACAGACGAAGGAAAAACCAACGCGAAUCGUCACGAUUUUCAAAAAGUCAUUUUAUUCCGACAUAUGUCAUUUGUCCCUUUGGAAAAUACGCACUGAAUAUUUUUUAGACCAUCCGAGAUAAAAUAGGAUUUUCUUUUGUGGAAUGUAAAUAAAAUCUUUCAAGCUGGGUACAGGAAGAGGCGAGGGCCUGGCCCAGGGUCAGGUCACCGAUCCAAAAGCGGUCCAAGCCAUAGCCCAUCUUCUGGUGGGCAUGAACAACACGGUGGACUUGUCGAAGCCGCAUUUGAGAACUUCGGUCAAGACCAUCUACCCCCUGUUCGUUUUCCUCUACGCCCUCCUCGUCACGACGGGAGUGGUCGCAAAUUUGGCCAUGAUCUUCAGCAUCAUCAAAGACAAACUCUACCGCGACCAGACGUAUUGCUAUCUCAUAAACAUGGCCAUCGCAAACAUAGUCGAGGGCGUUUUCGUUCUCCCCAUCUCCCUCACCAUCCUUCUCGUACAAAACUGGAUCUUCGGUAGUUUUCUCUGCUACUUUCUUCCCAUGCUACAGGACAUCCCGCUUCAUGUCUCAACGUUGACGCUCCUUUUGAUAGCCUGGGACAGACACAGAUUCCUCAAGGACCCUAUGAAACCGAGGAUACCUGCAUUCGUCUGCGCCACGGGAUCUUGGCUGACCGGUAUUUGCCUGGUACUACCGUAUCCGAUUUACACAACUUAUCUUGAUUUGGGAAAAUUCAUGGUGAUAUUUAAAGGCGUCGGGAUCUGCGCAGUCAAUCUUCAAGACCACAUUCAAGAAUAUACCAGAGGACUUUUUAUAGCAGUGUACAUUCUGCCGCUUGGCGUCACGGCCUAUUUAUUCGUGAGAAUGUCCCAUCAGCUUCAGGAUCAAGAAGGACCUUUGCCAGUUAUGCUGUACGAAGGAUCACGCGCUCGUGCAUCUACCGGAUCGCACGGAAUCAGGAACGGAGAAGCACAUCUGUCCAGCGGUACUCAUCGAUACAGGUCUAAUAACCAAGGACUAUACCAGGCUGAAUUAGAUGUCAGGAAGGAAAAAAGGACUCACAAAUACCUUGGAACUAUCGCUACCAUCUUUGCUAUCUGCAUGUGCCCGCUCAUGAUAUUGAGAGUUGCGAAGUUGGCACUAGUCGAGACGUAUGACAACAGCGGCCAUUUUGAUAUCACAUACACUAUGUUCGUGUGGAUCGCAUUUCUUCCGACAGCAACCACCCCAGCCCUCUACGCUGCAUGGAGAAUGAGCAGGUAA